AUGUCCGAUAACGUAGAAAGACAUAAAUCAACAAGAUGGGUGAAAGGUGUGCCUACAUAUGGUGAUUGGGGUGAUGAUGAAGAUGACUCUUAUGACUACGACUAUAAUGAUGAUGAUGUUGGUGAUGAAGCCAGUCACCGUAAUAAACCACACGACGGUGAUCAAACGAGCGGGGCUGUGACGCAUGACUUGACCACUGACCAUCAAACGCUGACAUCGGCACCAAUGCCAGCACUACCACAAAAUAUACAAGACAAGUACAAGGACAUUAUAAGCGAUGCCAAACGUGACCACAAAAAUGACGAUACUGUUGGCGAUAAACUCGUGCUAUCGAUUGACCAUAAUAAUGACGAUUUAAGUUCAAAUAGUAGUGACGAUGACGAGAAAGCUAAUCCCGUGUCUUUCCAAGAUUCGCUUAAUUAUCGGAAUAGUGGACACGAGCAUUUGAAUGAAGCUCAACAACCCUUUUUUAAUCGGACCAAAGCCAUUUCGUUGGAAGAAGUACCACAUACUUACGAGGAGGCUGUGCCUGGGGCAUUCCGAUCAGAAUAUAAGCAAGACAGCAAAUUCGAUCAAAAUAAUUCUGGCAAUGGUGAUGAUCUGCAAAAUGCAAUUGAAAAAAAGAAGGCAGAUGGAGCCAAUAGUACCUCAAAAGUCACAUCUCAGUACGACGUGUACGCUGAAGAUGAAGAAACCAAUGAUGAAAGGGCUGACGUUGAACCUAGUCAGUACCCAUACCAAUACAAGCAGCAAUACCAAACUCAACAACAUUAUCAAGAUCAGAAUACACCAAUUAUGGAUAAUUCGCGUCGCAAUGAUUUCUUCGUGCCACCAACUCCAACAUAUAGUGAGUUUUCUACUCAUUCUGGACAUACUGAGCCAGCCUCUGAGGCCAGUUUUCAGUCGGAUACUUCCAUACAAGCUGAACCUCAUGACUUGAAUAUUGGUAAGACACACUAUCGAGAACACAAUGACGAGAUAUCUGUACUUGAAUCUCACAAACUGCACGUGCAACAAACAAAUUCAUCAGAAAUAGAUGGGACUACAGACAAGUUAGUUUUAUCAAUUGAUAAUAAGAGAGACGGAGUAGACAGUGAUAGCACGGACGACGACUGGGGGUACAAUGGACCCGAAUCAGACGACGACGAUGAUGAUAAUGAUAAUGAGGAUGAUGAUGAGGAACGAAAAAGGCAAACAUACUCAGAGAAAAAUAGAGAUGAAACCACUGAACCUGACAUUGACACCAUGAUUAGUGAAUUGAGCGCAAACACAAGCGAUAUCAACAGUACCUUAAAACAACAACAGCAGCAACAGGACCAAGAGAUAUUACCCAACCUUCGGACUUCAUUGGAACACGACGAUGAAAAUGUUGCUUAUCACUAUGAGGAGUUUGAGAGCCCCAUUGCACCAUUGUCCACUCUUCUGCAACACAAUGAAUACCUUAGUGGAUUUGCCGAAAGAAAGGGUUCUGUUAGAAAACCACCUGCUCGCGAUGAGAAAGAAGUAGGCAACGACAAUAUCGAAAAGAAAGAGACGAAAAAUGUAGAUACAACUACUAUUUCGACUCAGAAUUCGCAAAAAGGGUCCGUAAAUAAAGCACCUUCAAUGAAAAAUAAUGAUGUUGUUGACUAUGCCAGCUUGCUUGGUGGAUACGAAGAAGAAGAAGGAGAUGUGAAUUCUAAAGAAACAGAAAAAGAAAAAGAGAAAGAGAAAGACAGCAAAAAGCAAGAAGGGAAAAAUCAGUUUAAUGAUGCUGAAUCAUCAUUUGUUACAAAUCAGGAACUGCAAGAUUCAAGAUAUACACAAAAUGAAUUAGCUUCUGGAAACUAUGAUACACAAUCGAUUCAAUCUUCUAGUUCAUUCACGUUUAAUGAGCCACCAAUUGAUGCAAACACUGCACGCAAAUCUGGAGCAACUACCAAAUAUGAGAAUGACAAUAACAACGAUAAUAGCAAUAACAACGAUAAUAGCAAUAACAACGAGGAUGAUAUUGCUUCAAGGAGAGUGCUGCAGUCAACUUUGAACUUUGGCAAUUGGGUUCCUAAUACCGACAGUUUCCGUAACCAGUUUAUAAAUAGCAACGACAAUGAGUCGACUGCUAAUUCAGACUUUACCACAACAUUACCAUCAUCAUCACAGAAAGGAUAUAACAAGUUUACAAAUGUUAGGAAUCCUUCGGGGUUAAGUGAAGUGGUUUCAAAUGCAAGUUCUUCGGAAUCGCUUCCUGAUACAAUUGAUGUGGCAAUGCCCGUUAUUGAGGAAGACCUGGAUGAUGAUGGCCGUGACGGAUAUGGAGAGAAACAUGGCCACGAUGAACAUUAUAAUGAUGGAGAAGGAGGAAAAGAAAAAGAAAAAGAAGAAGAAAAAGAAGAAGGGGAUGACGAUGAGGAGGACGAGGAUAAUGACUUCCACGACUCUCUGUCUAACCACAGGCUCAAUACUAUGGUAACGCAAGACUCGAUAUUAGAGACUAAGGCGUACCCAUCGGCGCUUUUUAAGGAGGAAAAAUUGACUCCUGCUGCUUCUAGGGAAAGUCUUCCUCAAAAGUACAGUAGUUUAGUUGGCAACGAACUGGUCCUGGCAUCAAGGAACACCCUGGACACAUUAACAGUGCCAAAAACUAGGAAGUUUUCAAACACUAGCGAAUCGACUACUGUGCUUUCUUCAGGUGCUACUACUACUGGAGGCGGCGACGGAAGUGGCCCUGCUGUUGGUGCUGAUGCUGGUGCCGGUGCUGGUGAUGGUAGUGGAAGUGCUAAUACUACUUCAAAUUCUAUACCUACUAUUACAAAAACAACGGCAACAACGUCAACACCAACACCAGUUGCACAUGGUUCCGGUCAGUUCAAGCGAGCAAAGUACCCUGUAUCUGAUUGGAAGGCCAUUGUUACUAUCUCGCAACCAGUUGAAAGAAUUGCAGCUUUCAAAGAUGCAUUGGGGAAAGAGGCAGAGUACGACACUGGAUUACAAACAUGGUUGAACCAUGCAUUGAAGCAAAGUCAAGAUUUCAACAAUAUCCAUAUUGGUAGAAUUGCAUCAGAGGCUUAUCAAAAUGCACAACAUAAUGAUUUAAGAAGACAUGUCUCGUUCCGCAGUACGGUGAAUGUUGUGAAGGAUAAAGUUGAGGGAACCGGGUCUACUGCUUCUAACUUUGGUAAGAAGUUGUUCAGUAGAAGUAAAAAAUUUAUAUCUGGAGGUGAUAAAUAG